AGUCUUUUAUGAUGUUAUUCUUCCGUUAUUUAUUUUGCUGACAAAUAUACAUUCUUUGAUCCAUAGCUCCAGAAAUGGCAGCUGAACUUGUUCCCUCAGCCUUGGAGCUAAUAGCAAGAGUUGAAGCUGUAGCAUCAUUGAAAGGGGUGAGGCUGGGGAGAGAUUCUAAAAAUGAACUCCAAAGGCUUGGGCGCAACCUUUUGGACUUAAAUGCUUACGUUAAGGAUGUAGAGCAAGGGAGAAUCGACGACAUCGUUAUCCAAGGUUGGAUAGAUCCGCUUACAGAUGCAGCUUAUGACGUGGUGGAUGUGUUGGACGAGUGGAUCACUACACUCGUGAAGUUGAGAAUAAAAGGAGUUGGCAAAACCUCUAUUCUGAAGGCUAAGGUAGGUUCCUACAUUACCCACUGUUUACAUACUGCCCAAGUUGUUAGACGUGAUGAUCUUGCUUUCAAAUUAAAGGAAAUCACUGACAGGCUAGAUGUGAUUGCCAAUGAAAUAAAUCUGCUCUGCUCAAUAGCAAGUUUAGAGUUUCAUCAUAGCAGACGGCUUGUGAGUACAGCUCUUGUUGAUGAUGUGUCAGCUAUAAUUGGUCGAGAUGAGGUUAAGGGAGACAUUGUAAGCAGUUUGUUGUCUGCGUCCACUGAACGACUUAAGACAAUUUCUAUUGUUGGCAUGGGUGGGGUGGGAAAGACAGCUAUUGCUCAACUUGUUUACCACGAUGAGGAAGUUAAGCAGCAUUUUGAUCGUAGAUUAUGGGUUUGUGUCUCAGAUGUAUUUGACGAGAAUAAUGUUGCCAAAACAAUAAUUGAAGGAGUUGAGGGUUUCAUGAGUUUUGGAGUGGACUCCCUUGAUUCAUUUCCACUUUCUGCCCUUCUUGAUAGAAUGUGUAGAUCUAUCCACGGAAAGAAAUUUUUUCUUGUGUUGGAUGAUGUGUGGGCAGAUGACAAGCGACAGUGGGAAGGACUGAUCCAGACUUUCAAACAUGGUGCCCCAGGGAGUAGGAUUUUGUUAACUACUCGUAAGGAUACGGUGGCAAACAUGAUGGACUCUCAUGUCAUUCAUUUGCAACCGUUAUCUGAUGAACAGUGUUGGAUGUUAGUCAGUCAAGAAGCAUUUUCUGGAAGGGGUGUUGAAGAGUGUCAGAAUUUGGAGGAUAUUGGGAAGAGAAUUUCAAACAAGUGUAAAGGCUUGCCUCUUGUUGCAAAGGAACUAGGACGCCUCCUAAUAUUUAAGAGCAGUAGGACAGAGUGGGAAGAUAUUUUGCACAGUGAAAUCCGGAAGUUAGAGAUUGCACAUCUACGGCUUUUUCCUUCUCUACUUUUGAGUUAUAAUGAUUUGCCUUUACCACUGAGACAAUGUUUCAAGUAUUGUGCUGUUUUCCCAAAAGAUUUUGUAUACGACGGAGAAACAAUAAUGUACCACUGGAUGGCACAAGGCUAUUUAGGAUUGAACAAUGAUGAAGAUUUAGAAUUAAAAGGAAGAAAGUACAUUAGCUACUUAGCAGCUAGGUCUUUUCUCCACGAUUUUCUGCUGGAUACAGAUGGUAUAAAAUCAACAUGGAAGAUGCAUGACAUUAUGCAUGAUUUUGCACAGUUUUUGGUGAUCAAUGAUGGAAUUGUGAUUGAGGUCAAUUCAGAAGGCAAUUCAAUGACAGAUUUGUCUUCCAGAAAAGCUCAUUAUUUGACAGCAUGUAUACCAGAGGGGCAUUGUCUUCCUACUUCCAUUUAUGGUGCUGAAAAGUUGCGUAGCCUUAUGAUCAUUUCUGGAGAGAAUGCAAUAACCAAUGAGGCUCUGCAAAUCAUUUUUAAUCAAGCAAAACAGCUAAGGUUGGUGAAUUUUGGUUGCCAUAAUGCAUUAGUGGAUAAAAUUCCAAAUGAAAUAGGGAAUUUGAUCCAUUUGAGGCACAUUAACUUGAGUGGAAGUGAAAUAAAAGGAUUGCCCAGAUCUUUGUGUGAGUUACAUAAUCUUCAAUAUUUAAAUCUCAAUAAUAGCAAAUCUCUUGAGAAUUUACCAGAUGAGAUAGGGAAUUUGAUCAACUUGAUAUAUCUGGGGACCCUUCAUUGCUACAAGUUAGCUUGCUACCCCAAAUCAGCUAGGAGAUUAACAAAUUUGAGGCAAUUAUGUGGGAUCGUGCUUAGGGCUGAUAGAAAUGACCCUAAGGAAUUCACUCUUGGAGACCUUGAAAACUUGAACUUCCUUCGUGAACUUUCCAUGGUACUGAAAGGAAAUGCAGUAAAUGAUAGAGAGCUUAAAAGAGCCAAAUUUGAAAAUAAGACAGAUUUAAAGGAUAUCGAGUUGGAAUCACUAGACCUUCAAUUGGAUCAAUUUCAAAAUCUUAACCAAUUCUCUCUAAGGGUUUUGAAUCCAUCUCAUGGACUGUAUACUUUCACUGAGAUGAAAUGAUCUUUAAGGUUGGAGUGGAUUUCAUGUGAGGAAAAGAAUUUCAAAAUCCUAUUUCAUAUUAUUACCCUCUUUCAUAAAAAAUGUUAUGAUAU